AUGGAGGAUCAGGCUACUCUGGAUAAGGAACGUUGGGAUAGUAUCACUGAGAAUUUCGAUUUGCUUUUUGCUAAGGUAGAGGAAGUCGACCGUAUGCAACACAAAUUGGAAGCCAAAGUUGACAUCUCUGCAACCGUGUUAGAUCAGAUGAUUAAGGAUCAGCAGACCCUGGCCAAGCAGCUGGAAUCCACCGGCCAAGCUGUGGCACAAUUAACCCACCAUCAGAUGCGUAAUGAAGAGGAAAUGCAGAGUAGCACUGCUUCGUCUGAAACUUCCACUGUGCCACCCUUCCGACCACGUCGUCCAGGCACUUCUCACACCGCAUCGCAGAGUCAAAAUCCCUUCGCAUCUAGGCGUGAGCCCACGUUUGAUCGAUCUAUUGCUAAAGGCUUUGCCCCCAAAAUGAAUUUUCCCCGUUUCAAUGGCAAGAAUCCACGCAUCUGGAAGGACAAGUGUCAGGAUUACUUCAAGCUCAUGAAUAUACCUGAAUCUAUGUGGGCCACGACAGCAUCCUUGCAUAUGGAUGACAAUGCUGAAAAGUGGCUUCAGGUGUACAAAUUGAAGCAUGGCUUGGGGACAUGGAAGGACCUAAUCAAGGCAGUAGAACAGAAAUUUGGUGCUUAUGAUUAUCAGCACGCUAUUGAUGAAUUGCUUGAGCUCCAGCAGACUGGUACUGUUGAUGAAUAUGUGUCUGAAUUCGAAGCACUGCAAUAUCAGGUAGCUAUGCAUGACUUGGGGAUGGCAGAUACCUACUUUGUCUCACAGUUUAUCAAGGGGCUCAAACCAGAAAUCAGGUAUCCAGUACAAGGACAAGUUCCUGGAACCAUGGAAAAAACAGUCAUGUUGGCCAAAAUGCAGCAGACUAUCCAAGAGAAGUAUAGGAGUGCAGGACCCAAAUCAGCUCAUUCCACUCGUUAUACAACUUCCACUACUCCCAAACCUGAGUACAAAUCCACACCUGCCACACCUCAACUGUCCAAAGAGAGGCAACUCAGGGAUUACUGCCGUGCCAACAACCUUUGUUUUUACUGCAGGGAGCCAUAUGAUUCUUCCCAUGCUGCCAAAUGUACCAAGAGGCCUAAGACUCAGGUGAAUGCUUUGGUUCUUAAUGAUCUGGAUGUUACCCUCAAUGAUGAAGUGCUGAAGCAAUUGGAAAUAGAGGAUGCCUUGACAGAGGAAUUUUGCACAUUAUCUCUGAAUGCCUUAGCCGGCACUGAACAUGGUGAGGCCAUGAAUUUGAGAUCCCUUGUGAAGAACAAAGUCUUUCUCUUAUUAGUGGAUAGUGGCAGCUCACACUCCUUUGUCAGCUCAGCUUUUCUCCAGAAGGUGGGAAUUGUACCAGUCCCUGCGCCACCUAAGCAAGUAAGAGUGGCCAAUGGAGACAUCUUGAUUUCUGACAAACGUGUACCAGGGUUAGAAUGGUGGAUUCAAGGCUAUUCUUUUGUUACUCCUAUGAGGGUUUUGGAUAUGCCUGCCUAUGAUGCUAUUUUGGGAUUUGAUUGGCUUAGUGCAAACAGUCCUAUUACUCACCAUUGGGAUAACAAGACUAUGUCCUUUGAACACAAAGGAUUGUCAAUCACUUUGCAAGGUGUACAACCUAUGGACCUUUCCCUGCAGGAAUUACUAAUAGAUAGAUUGCAGAAAUGGUUGGUUGGCAAUGAUGUUUGGGCCUUGGCUGCAGUGACUGUUUGUCCACCAGACUCCCUUACUGAACAUAUACCUGAACCUGUCCAGGCCAUAUUGGCUGCUUAUCAAGAUGUGUUUGCUGAACCUAAGAGUCUUCCUCCAGAGAGACACUAUGACCAUGCUAUUCCUAUUUUGCCCAAUGAUGUUCCUGUCAACUCUAAACCAUAUAGGUAUUCUCCUUUACACAAAGACGAAAUUGAGAGGCAAGUUAAAGAGUUACUUGCUGCUGGCCUGAUUACACCCAGUACUAGUCCAUAUGCAUCCCCUGUGUUGUUAGUCCAAACAAAGGAUGGUAGUUGGCGGUUUUGUGUAGACUAUAGAAGGCUUAAUGAUAUUACUAUUAAGAAUAGAUUUUCUAUGCCCCUAGUGGAUGAAAUUUUGGAUGAGUUGGCUGGCACUUGUUAUUUUUCCAAGCUUGAUAUGAGGUCUGGGUAUCAUCAAGUGAGGAUGAAGAGGGGGGAGGAGCACAAGACUGCAUUCAAAACCCACCAUGGCCAUUUUGAAUUCAGGGUUAUGCCUUUUGGCCUCACCAAUGCUCCAGCCACAUUUCAGUGUAUCAUGAAUGACAUACUAAGCCCAUUUCUACGGAAGUUUGUGUUGGUAUUCUUAGAUGACAUCUUGGUAUACAGUCCUACACUAGAGGAUCAUGUGCUGCAUCUCAAACAAGUACUGUCCAAGCUCAGAGAGCACCAGUUGUUUAUGAAGAGGAGCAAAUGUUCUUUUGCCCAACAUUAGUUAGAGUACCUGGGGCACAUUAUUUCUGACAAAGGAGUUUCCACAGAUCCUACCAAAACAGCUGCUAUGCUCAGUUGGCCCACCCCUUCCAAUGUCACUGAGUUGAGGGGUUUCCUGGGUUUAACAGGGUACUAUAGAAAAUUUGUGAAGCACUAUGUCUUAAUUGCUAAACCACUCACUCAGUUACUCAAGAAGAAGCAAUUCUGCUGGUCUUCUGAAGCUCAACAUGCUUUUGACAGUCUCAAGCAUGCCAUGUCCACUACUCCAGUGCUGACACUACCCGAUUUCAAUAUCCCUUUUGUGGUGGAGACUGAUGCAUCUGAAGUAGGUGUUGGUGCAGUGCUUAUGCAGAAAGAUCAGCCAGUGGCUUUCCUCAGUAAAGCUCUAGGACCAGCUCAUCAAAAACUAUUUAUCUAUGAAAAGGAAUUCUUAGCCUUAAUUAUGGCUGUUGAAAAAUGGAGACCCUAUCUUCAAAGGCAAGAAUUUCUGAUUCGUACAGAUCAUAAGAGUCUCUCCUACCUUUGUGAACAGAAUCUCCAUUCAGAUAUGCAAAGAAAGGCUAUGACAAGGCUGAUGGGAUUGUAGUUUAAGGUGGUUUAUCGAAAAGGAAAGGAGAAUGUGGCAGUAGAUGCAUUGUCCAGAGUGGGUCACUUGUUAUCAUUACAAGCUGUUUCCGAAGCCCAGCAUAUUUGGGUACAGGAGGCCCUUAAUUCUUAUGCUACAGAUCCCAAGGCACAAGCUCUUCUAACUCGACUGACCAUUCAUAGUCCUGAUGAAGAGGGGUACAGUCUGGAACAAGGCCUGAUUAAGUACAAAUCCAAGGUCUGGAUUGCCAGUAACUCAGCCUUGCAAACCAAGUUGAUAGCAGCUUUGCAUUCCACAGCCAUUGGAGGCCAUUCCGGGGGUCAGGCCACUUAUCACCGUCUGAAGCAACUCUUCCACUGGAAAGGUAUGAAAAGUCAAGUCAUAGAAUAUGUCAAGCAAUGUCAGAUCUAUCAACAGGCCAAGCAUGAACUGAUUCAUCCUGCUGGUCUUUUACAACCCUUACCCAUCCCUCAAGGGCAUGGAGAGAUUGGUCCAUGGAUUUCAUUGAGGGUCUUCCUAUGUCAGCUGGCAGCAACACUAUCCUGGUGGUAGUAGACAGGUUUACUAAAUAUAGUCAUUUUCUUCCUCUCAAGCAUCCUUUCACAGCUCAGAUUGUUGCUAGGGUCGUUCUGGACAAUGUGGUUAAGCUCCAUGGUUUCCCAAAAACGAUAGUAUCGGAUCAGGAUAAGAUUUUCACCAGCACUUUCUGGCGUGCUUUGUUCUCCCUGGUGGACACUAAAUUGCAGAUGAGUUCGGCGUACCACCCUCAAACUGACGGCCAAACGGAGCGGGUCAAUCAAUGCUUGGAGAUGUACUUGCGUUGUGCAGUCCGUGACAUGCCUCAACAGUGGAGAUCCUGGCUUUCUUUAGCUGAAUUGUGGUACAAUUCUACCUAUCACUCUACCCUAGGGUGUUCACCUUUCAAGGCUCUUUAUGGGUAUGAGGCCGAGUUGGGUACUAUGCUGCCUGUUCCUACUGAUUCCUCAUCACCAGCUGCUGAGUUCCUACACCAGCGGGAGACACAACUAGCUACUCUUAAAACUCACUUGGCUGCAGCUCAAAACCGGAUGAAACUUCAGGCCGAUCGGUCUCGCUCUGACCGGCAUUUUCAGGUUGGAGAACGAGUGCUACUGAUACUCCAACCAUAUGUGCAGCAGUCGGUGGUCAGUCAUCCCUACCCCAAAUUGGCGUAUAAGUUCUUUGGUCCUUUUACAAUUAUUGAGAAGAUUGGUGCUAUAGCAUAUCGUCUUAACCUGCCUGCUCACAGUUUAAUCCACCCGGUGUUCCAUGUUUCACAGCUUAAACCUUUUACUCCUAAUUUCGCUCCUGUAUACACUGACUUACCUAAGUUAGUGGAUCUCAGCAUUCAGGACCUGCAGCCGGAACGUGUGCUGGAUCGUCGCCUAGUCAAGAAGGGCAACCAGGCUGUGCCACAGGUUCUUGUCAAGUGGAGUCAUAUGCCCGAAGCUUCUGCUACUUGGGAAGAUCUGUACGUCGUCAAGGCGUGUUUUCCUGAUGCUGUUGCUUGGGGACAAGCAACUUCUUCGACCGGGGGAGGUGUAACGUCUACAGCGAAGGCGGGAACGGCACAAGGCGCCAUCGACGUGUGACCUGAUUAGCUUUUAUCGUUUUCAUUAUUGUAACCUGUGGACUCGUGAUGUCAGUGUCUGAUGCUCGCGCUUAUAGGCCGAGCGACUCUGUACCGGGGAGAUGAUUCAUCUUCUUGAGAAACAAGUUGCUGGGACUCAGGGCUAGCCGCCCGUCCCCUCUACCCUCUCUGUGUCAUUCUGGAUCCUCUCACGCCACGGCACUCCCCGGCGGCCACGGGUCGUGACACACCGGCGCCGCUGAGGUGCUGACCCCCGCACCCGCAGGCAACAAGAGCGGCCACAGCGCGCGGAGGUCUGGAAGCCGUGGCCACUGCUGCACCGACGAAACGACGAUCACUGUGCCGCACUUCGACCCGUCGAAGAGGGCGUCAUGUCGCCCCUGCGCCUCGGAAGAUACAUCUCGAUCAGCAGCAGCAGCAGCAGCAGCACGCAGCACGCCACUUGUACUCCCUAGCAGCACGCAGCGGACACAGCCUCAUGUUCUCGUGAGUCCCGCAUUCUUUCAUCCUCUUGAUGAACAUUCUGAAUGUCAAUGCUUGGCUACUUGCUUGUUUCAGUUCUAAUAGUUGCAAUUUGAUUUGUUUCAGUUUUAAGCACAGCGAAACGCUAGCCAUAUGAUACAUAUGAUUUUGUAGUGAGCUCCAUUGAUUUCCCUUGCUUAUUUGGUUCUGCAGAUUAUACAACACUUUAACUGCGUCUUUCAGAAAUCUACAAGCUGUGAAUUAUCAUGGUUCUUAAAAGUCAUAUGUCCAUACAUUAAGAAUAGUGAUGAAAAUUAAUGCAGGGAUGCAAUUAACCUUAUGAUGAAUGCAUGGAUGAGCAAGGACAAGUUAUUAUGAACUAUGUGCCGUGUUGGCAUCAGCCCUGUACAUUUAUUUAUAUAUGCAUGCAGUUAAGUAAAUAGCAUUCAGUUAAGAUUUUUUAAUUUAUUCCUUCUAAUCGAUGUUCAUGUGUUACCCAUUGCUGAGGUAAGAAUUUCAGUCAUUGGAUACGUUAAUUGUGCUAUACAGUGCAGAAAAGCAUGAUGGCAGUUUGAAAAUUUUGAAUGUCUGAAUGUAAAGCCAUAUCGUCCAUAUUUCUGUAGCAGAAACGAACUAUGCACAAACGUCUCAGAAUCUGAAACAAUUUCUUCGGCUCACUGCAUAUUAACUAACUGUCUAUGCUUCUGCAUUUUUUUUCUUUUUCAGGCUACAAUGGCUGCCAUCACAUGCAUUAUCUAACUGGUUACUUUACAAAAUAUCAUGAUUAGUUUUACCUAUGACCAAGUGCCUUUCUAUAUAUCUUGCUCUUCCAGUUAUGUUUGCUACUUUGUUUUAAUUGCCCUGUAUUGCUUUCAGACAUUGAGGCGCAGGGCUUUGUUCAGAUAUACCUUACCUCCUCAGGCAAGCAUAAGCAUACAAGGAAACAUUGAAGAUAUUUCUAGGACAUUGUUCCAGAACAAGGAAUGGAGAUAUGAAAGAGUACUAGCAAACCUGGAUCUUUGGUUCAGAAGUGAUAGUCUUGUUUGCAAAAUGGUAAAGGAGCACGAACGGCAAGCGGCUACUGCUCUGUGUUCUUUAUUAUUGGGCAAGCAAGUGGCGAGGUAUCCGAGGGCCAUCUAUGGAUCCUCAACAUUAAUUAGAUAAUGGUAUUUAUGUCCAGAUGAAUGCAUUAGUCCAAUUUUAUUAACAAAAAACUAGUUAGAUUAUCAAGAAGAAGUGUACAAGUCCUGCAUAUUUAUAGAUUGAACUUCUCAGCUUUUUAACACAGUUCUAAGAAUCCAGUUGAUUAUAGUUGUUCACAAGCAUGUAUGAUGGUAUAUUCUUGGAAUUUUUUUUGGCAAAGGAUGAGGAGGAAAAUUUCUGAGAGAA